CGUCCUUUGACAGUGGAGCCUUCUAGCUGCUGCUGCGCGCUGUGAUUCCCGAGCCUCUCUCUCUCUCUCUCUCACACACACACACACACACACACACUGGAAGCAGGACGCCGGCCCGUGAGCUAAUUCAACACCAGCCCCUUUCUACUGCCGGGCGACACGCGACGUUCAGGGGCCGGACGAAGGAGGGACGUAGGAAAAAACGAAGAUGUCCAAAGACACGGAAGGCAAGAGCGAGAAGAUCAUGGACAUGGAGAGCAAGGUGCUGUGGUACCCGGACUCCAAGAGGAACACGCAGAUGGACAAGUUUAGGAUACAGGUCAACGGGAACUACGGGCUUAAUCUGGUUAACUACAACGACCUGUACCAGUGGUCGGUGGACAGCUACGCGGAGUUCUGGGCGGAGGUGUGGCGCACCUGUGGAGUCGUCAGCUCCAAACCGUACGAGGAGGUGGUGGACGUAACCAAGCAGAUCUCAGAUGUUCCAGAGUGGUUCAAAGGGGCUCGGCUCAACUACGCCGAGAACCUGCUCAAACACGCAGACCAGGACAAAGUGGCUCUGUAUGCGGCAAGGGAAGGGGGCGAGGAGAUUGUGAAGGUGACGUUCGGGGAGCUCAGGCGCGACGUGGCGUUGUUUGCGGCAGCCAUGAGGAAGAUGGGAGUCCAGACUGGAGACAGGGUUGUAGGCUACCUGCCCAAUGGUAUCCAUGCAGUGGAGGCCAUGUUAGCAGCAGCCAGCAUCGGAGCCAUUUGGAGCUCCACGUCUGUUGACUUUGGAGUCAAUGGUGUCCUUGACAGGUUUUCUCAAAUCCAGCCCAAACUCAUCUUCUCUGUUGCCGCCGUGGUUUACAACGGAAAGACGCAUGACCACAUGGAAAAGCUGAACAGUGUUGUCAAAGGUCUGCCGGACCUGGAGAAAGUGGUUGUGAUUCCCUACGCUCGCUCCAAACACGAGACCGACCUCUCCAAGAUCCCCAACAGUGUAUUUUUAGACGACUUCUUGGCAUCCGGCCGCGGCGACGCCGACCAGUUUCCUCAGCUGGAGUUCGAGCAGCUUCCAUUCAGUCAUCCUCUGUUCAUCAUGUACUCCUCUGGAACCACAGGAGCCCCUAAAUGUAUGGUCCACUCUGCUGGGGGCACGCUCAUCCAGCACUUGAAGGAACACAUUCUCCAUGGCAACAUGACCAGCAGUGAUGUCAUCAUUUACUACACCACGACCGGCUGGAUGAUGUGGAACUGGCUGGUGUCGGCUCUGGCGGUGGGAGCCUCAGUGGUUUUAUAUGACGGUUCACCUUUAAUGCCCACACCUGAUGUACUGUGGAACCUGACAGACCAGCUGGGCAUCACUAUCUUCGGCACCGGGGCCAAGUGGCUGUCGGUGCUGCAGGAGAAGAACCUGAAACCCGCGGAAACACACAACCUCCAGUCCCUCCACACCAUCCUGUCUACUGGCUCUCCUCUCAAACCUCAGAGCUACGACUACGUCUACCGCUGCAUCAAGAGCAACGUGCUGCUGGGCUCCAUCUCAGGCGGCACCGACAUCGUGUCGUGCUUCAUGGGCCAGAACCCGACGGUGCCGGUGUACCGGGGCGAGAUCCAGACGAGGAACCUGGGCAUGGCCGUGGAAGCCUGGGGCUUUGACCGUAAGCCCCUAUGGGGAGACAGUGGGGAGCUUGUCUGCUUGAAGCCGAUCCCCUGUCAGCCAACACACUUCUGGAACGACGAGAAUGGGAGCAAAUACCACAAAGCGUACUUUUCCACAUACCCUGGUGUAUGGGCUCAUGGAGACUACUGUAAAAUCAACCCAAAGACAGGAGGCGUCGUCAUGCUGGGCAGAAGUGACGGUACGCUGAAUCCCAACGGGGUCCGGUUCGGCAGCUCGGAGAUCUACAACAUUGUGGAAGCUUUCGAGGAAGUGUCGGACAGCCUUUGCGUCCCUCAGUACAGCUCGGACGGAGAGGAGCGAGUCAUUUUGUUCUUAAAGAUGGCGCCCGGUAGGCCCUACUGUCCGGAGCUGGCGGCGAAGAUCAAAGGGGCCAUUAGAAAAGCUCUGUCGGCCCGACACGUCCCCGCGCUGCUGCUGGAGACCAAAGACAUUCCCUACACCAUCAGUGGUAAGAAGGUGGAGGUGGCCGUGAAGCAGGUGCUCGCCGGCCGGGAGGUGGCGCAGAGAGGAGCCUUCUCCAAUCCGGAUUCGCUGGACCUUUACAAGAACAUCCCCCAACUGCAAAACUAUUAAGAGAGAGAGGUGGAGAGAGAGAGAGAGAGAGAGAGAGAGAGAGAGAGAGAGAGAGAGAGAGAGAGAGAGACAGAGACACCGACGACGAAGAACCACCCGACCAGAAUCCAGCGUAGUUUUUCAAUGAUCUUCAUCCGAAACGUACAGGUACAGGGAGAAAAUGUUUGUCAAAAUUGCCAGAAUAAGAAUAAUUUCUUCAUCAGCAUUACAAAUCUAUGUUCUCAGCCAGACGAGAGACUUUAAAGAACGCGAGGUCCACCGCUCCAUCGGCUCGCUCGCGAUCUAGCUCCAUAGUCUGUUGUGGUAGGUAAACGUUGAAGUGGAUUCGAAACGUUGUGCUUCGCAGCCGCCCGACAAUGGAGUAGUGAGAUUUAGCGUUGCGUCGUGAUCGGCCAGUGAAGAGCCGCCGGGCUUGUCCGUGCGUCACCUGCUUCGACCCCGGUGUCGGUUCUUCGCGCCGGGUCGCAGACGUCUCCCUCCGGUACGCAGGCAAACACACAUUAACGCCUGGGAUCACCAUGUCGUCGUUAUGUGGCGUGUGUGUGUGUGUGUGUGUGUGUGUGUGUGUGUGUGUGUGUGUGUGUGUGUGUGUGUGUGUGUGUUUCUUUAUUGAAUGUAUAUAUAAAUAUGAAUAUUUUCUUUUUGGGACUGUGAAACAUUAGGAUAAUUGCAUUCAAAGUUAGUGACCUAAAACUGUUUAACCAAAAGUUCUUCGCCAGCUUGACUCUAACACGUGACGAGAUGUAGUUUGAUGUAAAAACGAUCCCUGAGGAUUCCAGACUAAACAAAAGGUACUGAACAUGUGUCCCGACUGCUAAUGUAAAAAAAAAAUGAGAAAAAAAACCUAUCGACCUCUUUGUGUAUCACUCACUCAAUCCUAACCCGUCAUCUGACUGUGCGAUGUUGAGUCCAUUUCAUUCCGCCCAAGACGUCGAGGCAUGAAGGCCUCAUUUAUGAAAAAAUAUAUUUUAACAAACAAAGUCAGUCCAGAUCAAAGCAAAAUGUUCACGCCGCCACACAAAAAGCCUGUAUUUAUUAGUUCCAUAUCGAUGUUCCGUGGUUUGUCAUAACUCGAGUGAAACAGCGGCACAGUAAAGCCUGUUCCUCGCUUUGUAAAAAAAAAAAGAAAAAGUGUGGUGGGGGAGACGGAGUGAAUUAUUUAUUCAGCUAUUUCCUCUCGCUGUUUUACAAAAGCCCAAAGGCUAAUUAAUGCUCUUAAAGAUGAACUGCGGUGGGUUUUGGUCACACGGCGCGCGACAGAGCAACAAAAUCGACUAAACCCCUGAUUUUAAUUUCCUGUCGGGAGGAAAAUAAUAACUUGGCCAGGAUGUGAAUUGUGGAGAAAAAUCGCAGAUAUAAAUGUCUGAGAAGUCUUUGUAUAGAAGUAGCAUUUUCUCGUGGUGUUUGUUUUUAUUUUUUUUAUUAAUGACUUAUAAUUCAGUCUCUGUACCCCGGUACGAGUCAUUUUUUUUAAAGCAUGUUUAAAGGGUAUGAAUGUAAACAAAUCAACUGGAAAACUCUGUGCAGUUCAUCUUUAAUGUCAUACUCACUGUUUAGGUGAAAUAAAUCAAUUCCUCUUUACGAUA